AUGGACGCACAACGUGCCUCACCUCGAGCGAGAAAAAGUUUGGUAAUCUUACGCAAGCUAGCAACCUCAAUGUUGUAUGUAAACUUGGAAUGUCAGGAUGCUACGCAUCCCUCUGCACGUGGUGGCGACAGAAAUGUGCCACAUACUCAGUGUCGUGACGACGAAAAUAGCCACCCACCACUUUUAGAUUAG